GCGCAGGCGCGGUGGGAGCGGGGCGGAGCGCAGCCGUCAUGGCGAGCCAGUGCGUGGGGCUGGUGCGGCGGGCCUUCCCGGCGUUGGCCCUGUCUCUGCGGACUUCUCCACGGCUACUCUGCACGGCCACGAAACAGAAAAACAACGGGCAGAACUUGGAAGAGGACUCCAACCCCGGCGACCAGAAGCCCGAACCCAGCUCCGCGGAGAAGACCCUCAUCGAAGAAAAGGUCAAGCUAGAAGAACAGCUCAAAGAAACCAUGGAGAAGUAUAAGCGGGCUCUGGCGGACACUGAGAAUUUGCGGCAGAGGAGCCAGAAGAUGGUAGACGAAGCCAAACUGUAUGGCAUUCAGGGUUUCUGCAAGGACUUAUUAGAGGUCGCUGACAUUUUGGAGAAGGCGACGGAGAGCGUUCCCCAAGAAGAAAUUAAAGAGGAAAACCCUCACUUGAAAAACCUGUACGAGGGCCUCGUCAUGACCGAGGUCCAGAUCCAGAAGGUGUUCAAGAAGCACGGCCUGCUCAAGCUCAACCCGGUGGGAGCCAGGUUCGACCCGUACGAACACGAAGCCCUCUUCCACACGCCGGUGGAGGGCAAAGAGCCCGGCACGGUGGCCCUGGUCACCAAAGUGGGGUACAAACUGCACGGGCGAACCCUGAGACCCGCCUUAGUCGGGGUGGCGAAGGAAGCGUAGCGGCCGUCCGGUCUCCCCUCCGGCCGAGCACGCCGCCCGGCCCCGCCGAGAGCCACCCGCCGCGGCUCCACCCGGCCCACCCGGCCCGACUUGGGAGAGCGAGUCAUCUGGGGAGGUGGGGGGAAGCUGCGCGGUGAUUUUUUUUUUUUUUUUUUAAGUAUCGCACACCACGGAAGAGGAAGCCCCUUGCCCCCCGAUCUCCGAUAACCCGUUGUCCGUCCGAACCCUGUCAACGACCCGGGGGGGUGUGAGACGACAACCAAUAAAAACCUCGGACUCCGACGGCA